ACUCAACCUUCUGUAAUAUUGGUAACUUGCCUUUAGGUCUGUUUUACAGUAAUUCUUUUGUAUAAUAUGAGCAUCUUGUGUUGAAACACUUUUUGUAAUCAGUGAUGCUGUGAUAUGAAGCAGUAUGUGGUAUUUAGGGUUUGAGCAUGGUUUAGUUCCACCUGUUUGUGUAGCUGAAGUUUCAAGACUCAUUAAUCAAUAGUUACAUAUUGAAGAGUGAAGUACCUGCCAGCGCACAGGUGUGGUUUCUCAGAGUUGAUGCUGCAUUUGUUACUCUCACAGCAUUGAAUAGAUUCCAGGUGAUGAGCAAGUUUAUCCCUCAGCACCUGUUUUUCUCUAAAUUAUUGAAUUAAAGGACCUCUAGGACUCCCAGCUCUUAAAGUUCCUUGAUUUUACAUGUUAAUUUGAAACAUAUGUCACUCAUUAUGACAAUAACAAAAUUUUGAUAAAACAGGUUUUUGAAAAAUUCUUCAUGAUGCAUAGUGAACCUUCAAAUUCAAUAUUAUUCUCAACCCUCCCAGUCACUUUUUCAGCGUUGAGCUAAUGUAAGUGAAAAGAGAUUUUUCAAAUGACUUCAGUGUUAAAUUUACUAAAUUCGGAGACUGGAAUGGAGUGCUUUGUGUGUGGUGGAAAAUAGCUAAAAUCUGGCCUGGGAUUGGGGUCUGUGCAGUGCACAGAUAACUUUUGCAAUAAGCCAAGGACAUUCUGCCUCAGAAAAUGUAAUAAGAUGUCUUUUAUACAGUGUUCAUAUUGUGUGAAUUUUUGACUGAAAUAUGAUAAUAAUCUUCAGAGACAAUCUGUUCAAAUGUGUACAAGUUCUUUAUUUUGUUUUGCAGCCUUUCCUGCCUCUUGGGCCUUCUUUGGUUCCUUUCUUCUGAAUACCCCUCUUCUCUGUGGAGACCCUUUCACAUUCCUUUCAUCCACAUUGCAAUUCAGAGGCUCUUUCAAGCACUGAUGGAACUUACACUACUUUUUUUCCUCUUAAGGACCAUGAUGAAUGAUACUCUUGAAUCACCACUUAGGAUCUCCUAAAAACUGAGAGUGGGUAUUCAUUUUUAGAACGUAGUGCACGACUUCAUGAGGCUCUGGUUCUGAAAAGGGGAUUAUAAAGCAUGGAGGCUGGCUCAGUGGUUCGAGCCAUCUUUGACUUCUGCCCUAGUGUAUCAGAAGAACUGCCACUCUUUGUGGGAGAUAUUAUCGAGGUGUUGGCAGUGGUGGAUGAAUUUUGGCUUCUAGGAAAGAAAGAGGAUGUGACAGGACAGUUCCCCAGCAGCUUUGUGGAAAUUGUUACCAUUCCCAGUCUAAAAGAGGGAGAGAGACUGUUUGUCUGUAUCUGUGAAUUUACAUCCCUAGAGUUGAACAGUCUUCCACUCCAUCGAGGUGACCUAGUGAUUCUCGAUGGCACUCCCACGGCCGGCUGGCUGCAGGGCCGAAGCUGCUGGGGAGCCCGGGGCUUCUUCCCAUCCUCCUGUGUCAGGGAGCUCUGCCUCUCCUCAUGGAGCCGGCGGUGGCACUCACAGAGUGCCCUUCUCCAGAUUCCUGAAUAUUCAAUGGGACAGGCCCGGGCGCUGAUGGGGCUUUCUGCCCAGCUGGACGAGGAGCUGGACUUCAGAGAAGGGGAUGUGAUUACCAUUAUUGGAGUUCCUGAACCAGGCUGGUUUGAAGGAGAGUUAGAGGGUCGAAGAGGCAUUUUUCCCGAAGGUUUUGUAGAGCUUUUAGGGCCCCUGAGGACUGUGGUUGAGUCAGUAAAUUCUGGAAACCGUGAUGACUGCAUGACUAACGGGGAAGUGGAUACCCCUACAGGAGAAGAGGAGAGAGAGCCAGAAGAGGACGGCGAGCAGCCAGGCACCUACGGGAUUGCCCUCUACCAGUUCCAGGCCCUGGAGCCGAAUGAGUUGGAUUUCGAGGUAGGCGAUAAAAUCCGAAUCCUGGGGACGCUGGAAGAUGGCUGGCUAGAAGGGUCACUGAAGGGUAGGACAGGCAUCUUUCCUUAUCGGUUUGUAAAGUUAUGUCCUGAAACAAGGGUAGAGGAAACCGCGGAUCUGCCACAGGAAAGCAGCCUCGUCAAGGUCCCUGACACUUUGGAUUGUUCAGAGGACGCCUUAGUAGCGGAGGGGGAAAGACAUGAAUCUCUCGAGAAUAAAGCAGAGGAUUCCGACUGUGUUAUUUCUGAAACAUCCACUUCUCCCCUGGAGCAUCUGAUUCCUGAGUAUGAAGUAGAUAAAAUCUCUCACUGGGAGGAGGGCAUCUCAGGAGGGCCCCCAGGAAACACGUGCACGGGGCAUGAACAGCCUCUUGCCAAAGAUGCUUCCUUGAAAGAUCCUUCACACGAAGUAGUCAAUGGUGUUGCCUCCCAACCUCAAGUACCUUUUCACUCCAAAUCGCAGAAAAACCAGUAUUAUUCCACAGCAGGAGGGAGCCAUCCAAGCCCUGACCGGUAUUCUGACCCUCUUCCUCUAGAAGCAAGGACUAGAGACUACUCCAGCCUACCUCCCAGAAGAACAUACUCCCAGCCAAAAACCCUUCAGAAGCCAGUGUCUCCUUUUCACAACAGCUCUUCCUUCUCAGCCGCCAGGGUGGUCAGACCCAGCCAGCUGAGCCCUCAGCUCCAGGGCAUGGCAAAGUAUGUGAAAAAGCUCUGCACACCCAAAGAAGAUGCUUCCAGCUUUUGCUCUGCAUCAGAGAAGUCAGAGGUGAAGCCUGGUCUGCAAGAUAAGGCACCCGCCGUUGAAGCAGCGGUACUUUCACAGGGAGACGGCAGCAUGGACCUGGACUCUAAGUUGACACAACAGCUGAUGGAGUUUGAGAAGAGCUUGUCAGGGCCUGGCACAGAACCAGAUAAAAUUUUGCGCCAUUUUUCAAUCAUGGACUUUAAUUCCGAGAAGGAUAUUUUCCGAGGUUCCUCGAAGCUAAUCACCCAGCAGGAGCUACCCGAGAGGAGAAAGGUUCUAAGGCCACCACCACCCCGUCCCUGUACUCCAGCAUCCACUUCUCUCCAUUUGCCAGUGGACCAGAACCUGAGACCAGAACCACCCUUGGCAAUGCGACCCUCCCGACCAGCUCCCCUGCCUCCCUCGGGCCAGCAGAGAAUGAAUGCAGUAUCCCCUAAGCUCCUAGCCUGCAACCGUCCUGGCUGGGAGACUCUAGAAAAGGAGAGCCCUGAGAGCAUGGAAAAGACUUUGGACCAAACUUCCCAAUGUCCCUUAGUCUUGGUGAGGAUUCAGGAAAUGGAACAGGACUUGGAUAUGUGUCGCAGGGCUCAAGAAGAGCUGAACUUACUGCUGGAGGAGAAGCAAGAAGAAUCACUAAGGGCAGAGACCCUUGAGAAUCUUGAAUUCUAUGAGAAUAAUAUUGAGAGUUUGAAUAUGGAACUCCAGCAACUUAGAGAAAUGACGCUCCUCUCCUCCCAGUCUGCAUCACCGGUGGCCCCUUCUGGGCCUGUGUCCACUGAAAACCCAGAGCAGAGGAUACUGGAGAAGAGAGCCAAGGUGAUAGAGGAACUUCUUCAGACAGAAAGAGACUACAUUCGGGAUCUGGAAAUGUGUAUUGAGCGGAUCAUGGUACCCCUGCAGCAGGCACAGAUACCAAACAUUGAUUUUGAGGGGCUUUUUGGAAAUAUGCAGAUGGUGAUUAAGGUCUCAAAGCAAUUACUAGCCGAUCUGGAAUUCAGCGAUGCUGUAGGACCUGUGUUUCUUGAUCACCGGGAUGAGCUCGAAGGAACAUACAGGGUUUACUGCCAGAAUCAUGAUGAGGCCAUCUCCCUGCUGGAAAUCUAUGAGAAGGAUGAAAAGAUCCAGAGGCAUCUUCAAGACUCCUUGGCAGAUCUUAAGAGCCUGUACAACGAAUGGGGAUGCACCAAUUACAUUAACCUGGGCUCCUUCCUCAUCAAACCAGUGCAGAGAGUGAUGCGCUACCCACUGCUGCUGAUGGAGCUGCUGAAUUCCACUCCUGAAUCCCACCCAGAUAAAGUGCCUCUCACCAGUGCAGUGCUUGCAGUCAAGGAAAUCAACGUUAACAUCAAUGAAUACAAGCGUCGAAAGGACCUGGUCCUCAAGUACCGAAAGGGUGAUGAAGAUAGCCUCAUGGAGAAAAUUUCCAAACUGAACAUCCACUCCAUCAUCAAGAAAUCCAACCGGGUUAGCAGUCACCUGAAGCACCUCACUGGCUUUGCCCCACAGAUAAAAGAUGAAGUAUUUGAAGAAACAGAGAAGAACUUUCGAAUGCAAGAAAGACUGAUCAAAUCCUUUAUCCGAGACCUAUCUCUCUACCUCCAGCAUAUCCGGGAAUCAGCAUGUGUGAAGGUGGUGGCUGCUGUGAGCAUGUGGGACGUAUGCAUGGAGAGGGGUCACAGAGACUUGGAGCAAUUCGAGAGGGUGCAUCGCUACAUCAGUGACCAGCUCUUCACAAAUUUUAAGGAGAGGACGGAGCGGCUGGUCAUCUCUCCCCUGAAUCAGCUACUGAGCAUGUUCACAGGGCCCCACAAGCUGGUGCAGAAACGCUUUGACAAGCUGCUGGAUUUCUACAACUGCACGGAACGGGCAGAAAAGUUGAAGGACAAGAAGACGCUGGAGGAGCUGCAGUCGGCCCGGAACAACUACGAGGCCCUGAACGCCCAGCUGCUGGACGAGCUGCCCAAGUUCCAGCAGUACGCGCAGGGCCUGUUCAGCAACUGCGUCCAUGGCUACGCCCAGGCCCACAGCGACUUCGUGCGCCAGGCUCUGGAGCAGCUGAAGCCACUGCUUUCGUUACUCAAAGUGGCCGGCAGGGAGGGGAACCUGAUCGCCAUCUUCCAUGAGGAGCACAGCAGGGUCCUGCAGCAGCUCCAGGUUUUCACCUUCUUCCCAGAGUCUCUUCCCUCGACCAGGAGGCCGUUCGAGAGGAAAACUGUGGACCGCCAGUCUGCCCGAAAGCCGUUCCUGGGCCUGCCAAGUUAUAUGCUCCAGACAGAGGAACUCCGGGCCUCCCUCCUGGCAAAGUAUCCCCCUGAAAAACUCUUUCAAGCAGAGCGGAACUUCAACGCUGCUCAGGACCUGGAUGUCUCCCUUCUGGAAGGCGACUUGGUGGGCGUGAUCAAGAAAAAGGACCCCAUGGGCAGUCAGAACCGCUGGCUGAUUGACAACGGAGUCACCAAGGGCUUCGUGUACAGCUCCUUCCUGAGGCCCUACAAUGCUCGCCGCAGCCACUCCGACGUCUCUGUCGGCAGCCACUCCUCCACCGAGUCGGAGCUCAGCGGCUGCUCCCCCAGAUUCCCGCGGCGGCAGAACAGCGGCGGUACCUUGACCUUCAACCCCGGCAGCAUGGCCGUGUCCUUUAGCUCAGGGUCUUGCCAGAAACAGCCUCAAGAUGCAUCUUCACUGAAGGAAUUUGACCCAGGAACUCUGAGCGCAUCCUUAAACAUGUGUAACUCAGAGAGCAGUCCUUCCAUGUGCCCCUCCGACCCAGACUCCCCCUCCCAGCCCCGGCCCUGGGACUCAGCGGACUGUCACCAGCCCGCUCCCACCCUGAGGAGCUCCCGAAACUACAGACAUCCAGAAAUGGCUGGUCACUCCGUGCCAGGGCGAAAUGGUCAGGGUAGAGACCUCGUAAAAGGAUGUGCAAGAAAGGCCCCGCCUCUGGAGGACAGUAACGGAGAGCCAGAAAGCAGCGAGGCAGAAGGCAACCAGGUCUAUUUUGCUGUCUAUACCUUCAAGGCAAGGAACCCAAAUGAGCUGAGUGUGUCAGCCAAUCAGAGACUCAAGAUUCUGGAGUUUAAAGAUGUCACAGGAAAUACAGAAUGGUGGUUAGCCGAAGUUAAUGGGAAGAAGGGCUAUGUCCCAUCCAAUUAUAUUCGCAAGACUGAGUACACCUGAACUUGUUCUGCCUCCCACUCAACCUUGCUGCCUUCGCUUGCAUCUGCAGAAGGGUUCUGGUGUCCACCAAGAGGGCACCUGCUCCGGAGACACAGGCCCUGCCUGCAUUGCUUAGCCACGGCACUGUUGGACACAAGAUGAGUCUUGUUCUCCUUGAUUGGGUUGUCAACCUUGAUGCUCGCUAGAAUUUCUAGAAUUUGAAAUGGACCCUGGGGCUUGCGAGUGAUUCAGUGACCGUGAAAGAAGAGGCAAGUCCUGGGGUCAGCCUUUGGAAAUGAGAUGUUUCCAGUCGGAAGACCAGCGUCCCGUGUUUGCCCGAGGCUGCGCUCUAGCAUUAGGAGAUGCUGGCGUCGGUUGUACCACACUGAGUUGGGGUGGCUCCAUACUCCACGACCAACUAUCCAGAAACCAACUCAGAUGAAGAGAAUUCUCUGAGAGCCCUUUUAGGCUGUGCCUCCACAUGUGGCAAGGAGUUAGUUGAGAUUGUACCACAUCUGGUGUUUCAAAAAUCCCAGUGUCUGGGACACAUUCACACACACUAGAGACUUUCUGAAAGUCUCUAAAAAACUACCAUCUGUGAUCUUUUUCUUGUUUAUUUCACUGAAUUUCCAGAUUGUUUAUGCAAAAUUCAGCUGCUUUCUUUCUCUGAAAAUAGAACCUUGAACCUUCAUCUGAAAGGUUGUCUUCCCAUUAGGUGCUGUCAUGGCAGACAUCUCCACUUUAUACAGUCCGUGCGUGACAAUGUCUCCUGCCCUCCGCUGCUUCUCCUGCAGCCCAGUAACUGAUAGAUUUUCCUAGAACAGGAUCAGAGCUCCUGCCAUUCCACUAAAAGGAUUCCUCCUGCAGUGGACUGAAGCCAGUCCAGCCUGGUGGGAGACUGGGUGCCUCUCCUUCAUCCAAGCACACUACUGUCCGCAGAUGCAGAAAACAAAACACGUGUGUCUUAUUUGACUAGGAUAAGCAGUCCCAGAAGUAGCUUGUCCUAGGCUUGGAAAUAUGCAUUUUCUUUUUCACCAGCCCCCAUGCUUCCGAGACCCUGGUCUACGCCAGACAGAUUCUAAAGUGCCUGAUUGAACCUCCCUCCACCUCAAGAAGAUGUUUGCUAAUCCUCACGCUCAGACUCUCCGCCUAAAGUUGCUAUUUGAGCAGAGCUCUUAUUCUUAAGGUUUUCCCUGGAUGGGAAGCCUACUUUGGAGCAGAAAGCCGCGAAUUUUGUUUUUUAAGAACGGGAAUUAAGAACAGCCUUACAGCCCUUGCUCCUCCAAAUGCACCUUUGCCUUAAAGUCCUGAUGAAAUUGGAGACAGCUGUGGACUCCUUGGCCCCCUUAGUCUGAUGGUCGGUCAGAAAGCAGCAAUGCAAGUCUCUUGUGAAUAGUGUUUAUAUCUAGAGAUGUUUAUAUUUAAGUAGUUAUUUUAUAAAUAAAAGCAUUUCUAAGGGC